GGGCUGUCGGUAACCUGGUCGGACUCGCGGCCGCCGCGCUUCCUGGUGUCGCCGCAGAGGGCGCCGGCUGCUGAGCCGCCCACAGAGUCGCGAGGCCGGAAGCAGCGCGGCACCGCCCGUUCGCCCCAGCCGCCGCCAUGAAGGCCGUGGUGCAGCGCGUCACCCGGGCUAGCGUCACAGUUGGAGGAGAGCAGAUAAGUGCCAUUGGACGGGGCAUCUGUGUGUUGCUGGGUGUUUCUCUGGAAGAUACACAGAAGGAAUUGGAGCACAUGGUCCGAAAGAUUUUAAACCUGCGUGUUUUUGAGGAUGAGGGUGGGAAACACUGGUCGAAGAGUGUGAUGGACAAGCAGUAUGAGGUGCUGUGUGUCAGCCAGUUCACCCUCCAGUGCGUCCUGAAGGGGAACAAGCCUGACUUCCACCUGGCGAUGCCCACGGAGCAGGCAGAGAGCUUCUACAACAGCUUCCUGGAGCAGCUGCGCAAGACAUACAGGCCGGAGCUCAUCAAAGACGGCAAGUUUGGUGCCUACAUGCAAGUCCAUAUUCAGAAUGAUGGGCCUGUGACCAUAGAACUGGAAUCCCCGGCUUCUGGUGCUGCUACCUCUGACCCAAAGCAGCUGUCAAAACUUGAAAAACAGCAGCAGAGGAAAGAAAAGACCAGAGCCAAAGGGCCUUCUGAGUCAAGCAAAGAAAGAAACACUCCACGCAAAGAAGACCGCAGUGCCAGCAGUGGCGCCGAGGGCGACGUGUCUUCCGAGCGGGAACCGUAGACUUUGGGGCGGUACUCAGUGCAUUAUUAUUGGGCAGAACUGGAUCCUGAAAAUUUCAUGAAAGAUGCUAACUACCUACACUGCUUUAAGAAUUUGGAACUGAAUCACGAAAAGAAAGAUAGAAGUAAGAAACUUGGAACCUGAAUAGCCCUGAAAAAAAACACCAAAGGAACAUUACCAUUUUCUGUUGUUGCUGUGGUCUGAUAGAGGAAGUGGGUGAUGCUAGUGUGGGGAGGAGUGCACCCUAUUCUCUUGGCAGCAGGGCAUGUGCCUAGUGCCUCCCCGACAGAAAGGUUUUGUUAUUUCCUAUGAUGUCUUGGCUUGCUUUUGGGACAGGCUAGCCCAACAUCAUUUGUCAUUGAGUCCUUCUUUCACUGUGGUAUGUUUCUGUGUGUCUGUGAUGGGUCUCAAAUGCAUUCAUGCUGUCCAUGUUUUUCCCAACACUGGCUAAGCCAGGGCCUAUGUAAAGGUGUAAAGAGAACAAUCAUCAGUGGUAAUGUAUUGUGUAAGAACUUUGCAUCUUAUAAAUUUUCUCUUUUUUUCUAAAGAAUAAAUCUUUGAACCUCAACAAAUCACUUUAUUAUUAAAGAAA